AUGGGCAUUAUUAGCUGUAGAGAACUGCAUGAGGACACCCUGGCUCCCUCUCAGCUGCAUGAGGACACCCUGGCUCCCUCUCAGCUGUGCGAGGACACCCUGGCUGCCUCUCAGUUGUGCGAGGACACCCUGGCUGCCUCUCAGCUGUGUGAGGACACCCUGGCUCCCUCUCAACUGUGCGAGGACACCCUGGCUGCCUCUCAACUGUGCGAGGACACCCUGGCUCCCUCUCAGCUGUGCGAGGACACCCUGGCUCCCUCUCAGCUGUGCGAGGACACCCUGGCUCCCUCUCAACUGUGCGAAGACACCCUGGCUCCCUCUCAGCUGUGUGAGGACACCCUGGCUGCCUCUCAGCUGUGUGAGGACACCCUGGCUGCCUCUCAGCUGUGUGAGGACACCCUGGCUGCCUCUCAGCUGCACGAGGACACCCUGGCUGCCUCUCAGCUGCACGAGGACACCCUGGCUGCCUCUCAGCUGCAAGAGGACACCCUGGCUGCCUCUCAGCUGCAAGAGGACACCCUGGCUGCCUCUCAGCUGCAAGAGGACACCCUGGCUGCCUCUCAGCUGCACGAAGACACCCUGGCUGCCUCUCAGCUGCACGAGGACACCCUGGCUGCCUCUCAGCUGUGCGAGGACACCCUGGCUGCCUCUCAGCUGUGCGAGGACACCCUGGCUGCCUCUCAGCUGUGCGAGGACACCCUGGCUGCCUCUCAGCUGUGCGAGGACACCCUGGCUGCCUCUCAGCUGUGCGAGGACACCCUGGCUGCCUCUCAGCUGUGCGAGGACACCCUGGCUGCCUCUCAGCUGUGUGAGGACACCCUGGCUGCCUCUCAGCUGUGCGAGGACACCCUGGCUGCCUCACAACUGUGCGAGGACACCCUGGCUGCCUCUCAGCUGUGUGAGGACAACUUGACACACUCAGCUGCGUGA